GUGGCGGCGGACUGCAGCUUUUAGAAACAGACACACUGGGAAGAGGGCUUUCAUUCUCAGCCCAAAGCUUCUAACAGGCACAUCCCAUUCCUGAAGAGAGGGGGACCCGCUCGCUUACAGUCCUGCGCCGUGUUCAUGAUCUUUAGCCGCCCGCAGCCUUUUGCCUCCGUUCCGGCCUCAGCUCCAGCACUCAGCGCGCUGAAAACUACGGAUUUUACACGGCGGACAGCAGCAGCAGCAGCUUGCGCUCCUUCCUCUGAAACAUGUGGCACGCGGCGGUGCACUGACUGACUGAGCGAGCACUUCAAUCCCAAUCCCGCAGCGCGCGCGAGAGAGAGCCAGCCAGUGCGUGCCUGAGUGCGAGUGUGUAUGCAUAUGCGUGCCUGCGUGUGUUUUCCCCUCUCCGCGAGACGAGUGGCGGACAUGCUGCACUGUCCAGCGCUGCUGCUCCAUCACUGACUGACUGAAGAAGGAACUGAACUGGAGGCUCAGAGCUGAACUUGCUGAAGAAGUUCCCCCCCGCGAGCCCACCCCCUCUGGGCCUCGGACGCCCUCUGCUUCGAGCCACCUGUGUUUUUAUUUUUUCUUUUAUUAAUUUUUUUAAACUCACGCUUAAAGCUGCAUAACCGAGGCGAGACGGCGACCUCCGUCGAUUAUCUCUCCUUCCUUUGCUAUCCAAUGGAUAUUCACUGCAAAGCAGACCCCUUCUCCGCCAUGCACCGGCAUGGGGGUGUAAACCAGCUAGGCGGGGUGUUUGUGAAUGGCAGACCCCUACCUGAUGUGGUCAGGCAAAGGAUCGUGGAGCUGGCGCAUCAAGGGGUCAGACCCUGUGACAUCUCCAGACAGCUCCGGGUCAGCCACGGCUGUGUCAGCAAAAUCCUCGGCAGAUACUAUGAAACCGGCAGCAUUAAGCCUGGAGUUAUUGGCGGGUCCAAACCCAAAGUGGCCACCCCAAAAGUAGUGGAUAAAAUCGCAGAGUACAAGCGACAGAACCCCACCAUGUUCGCCUGGGAGAUCAGAGACAGACUGCUGGCUGAGGGAGUGUGUGACAACGACACGGUGCCAAGUGUGUCGUCUAUCAACAGGAUAAUAAGGACCAAAGUUCAGCAGCCUUUCCAUCCAUCUCCAGACGGCACGGGGACUACCCUCACCACAGGACACACUAUAGUGCCUAGCACGACUUCUCCACCCGUAUCAAGUGCUUCCAACGACCCAGUGGGCUCCUACUCCAUCAACGGCAUCCUCGGAAUCCCUCGCUCUAAUGGAGAAAAGAGAAAACGUGACGAUGUUCUCUGGAGUGGCAACCACUUGGAUGGGAGGAAAAUAGGAUAUUAUGGCUCAGAUGGCUCUGGCCCAAACAGUGAUUCUCAGGGUAGUGUGGAGAGUUUACGGAAGCACCUGAGGGCCGAUGCCUUCACUCAGCAGCAGCUGGAGGCUCUGGACCGGGUGUUUGAGCGGCCGUCGUACCCCGACGUCUUCCCAACGUCAGAGCACAUCAAGCCAGAGCAGGCUAAUGAAUACGCACUACCAGCACUGAACCCAGGACUGGACGAGGUCAAGCCCAGUCUGUCGACCAGCGCCAGCUCAGAAUUGGGCUCCAGUGUGUCGCAGAGCUACCCAGUAGUGACAGAGUCCCAUUCGUCCUCGCUGUGUGUUAAGCAAGAGCCACACGAGGCUUCGCUGGCUCCUUUCACCCCCUCCUCGCUGGCAGCCUCGGGCCUAGCGGAACUGUUGCCCUUCCAGCCCAGCGUGUCAGUAGACGCCUCCACCCCCUGCUACGGUGCCUAUGCCCACCAUGGCCCCAGCUACGGCCAGUAUGCAAGCCAGCCUAUUAUAGCAGGUCGAGACAUGGCCAGCACGACUCUCCCAGGCUACCCCCCUCAUGUCCCCCCCACUGGGCAGGGAAGCUACCCCACCUCAACACUUGCUGGAAUGGUCCCUGGAAGCGACUUUUCAGGAAACCCCUACUCCCAUCCACAAUACACAACCUACAAUGAGGCUUGGCGGUUCAGCAACCCUGCAUUAUUAAGUUCCCCUUAUUAUUAUAGUGCCGCAUCCCGUGGCUCCGCCCCUCCCACUGCUGCCACUGCCUAUGACCGCCACUAGUUACCAUGGCAACCCAAUCAAACUGCAGCACCAUGGCCGUGGCCUCCAUAUUGUACCAGUCUGAAUGGCAUUAAGGUCCACGGGAUUGAACGUGACUCUCCGCAGUCUUCAGUUUGGCGAGGUCAAGCUGAGAUUAAGAGGGUCGAGCAGCGGUGGGUUUUUUUCGCCUCGGAGCAUUUCGUCGACCCUUCUGAUCAUCAACUCCAGAGCCCUUCCUCGUCCUUCAGCUCGCCGGAAAAACAAAAAAGACUGAACGUUUUGUCCGAAAAAGACUCUGAAAGAUUAUACAAAAUAUAUAUAUUAUAAAAUAUAAAAACAUGACAAACCGUGUGAAAAAUACAAAGUAACAAGUGAUGUGUUUUUUUUUUUGUUGCUUUUUUCCAUCAAUACAUUCCUUUACAUACUGUACUUAAAUCACUGACCUAGGAUUGACCGAGGCAUUUAGAGUUGUCCUUUGCCAAUGUCCUACCAUUCCCACUGUCUUACCUCUCACGGACACGCAUCAAUUAUGCAAGGGGUGCAGAGCAGGAGAGACCUGCAGCAGGAAGCUUCUACUCCCUCCCCUGUCAUAAUCAGCAGUUUAGUCAUCUGCAGCCUCUGAUUGAUGGCAUGAUAAUAGCAAAAGACAUACAUUCUUUUCUGUGAUACACAAUCAUAUGUACAAGUCUGAAUAUUGAGAAUAAAAAAGAAAACGUGCUUUCAAAUGGCCUGAAAAGAAAUGAUUAUUGUUUUACAAGUUUAAUUUUUUUCUUUUCUUUUUUUUACACAGUCAGUAUUAUGCCUGAUUUCAGUCUUGCAGUUUAAAUUGGUUUAAAUAGUUCAUUCUGUUACAAUUCCUUAAUAUAUCAUGCUUUGUUCAUUUUUGCACUAUUUAAUCACAUAAUUUCAAAACGGAGUGAGCAAGCAAUUUUUUUUAUAUACUUACUGUAUAUGCAUAAACACAUACAACCAUUCAUUUGAAAUGCUUUGUAACUAUGUGGCAGAUUUGGGCAAAGUAACAUCAUUUGAAUGUGUAUCUUCCAUAAUCUUUAUCAUUUUUUUUGCAAAACUGCUGUUAAAUUAUUUCCUUAGAACCAAGAAAUGAAACAUACUGCUAUUCUUACUAAAAGAAAAAAUAUGCUGUAUGUCUAAACAACACUCCUAAUACUGCCUUACUCCCAUUCUUUCCCUCCUUUUAACCCCCCAACAUGGGUUAAAGCAACAUUGGCAGUAGUCCUGAGAGGUAGACAUGCAUGUAGCACAACAUUUGUGUUGUUGAUCACGAUUUCUCUAAAUCUAGGUGGGACAUUCAAGACGGAAGUGCAAACUGAUUCAUGGCAUUACACUCCUGGAAACUGUAAAGUGAAUGUAACUUUUACCACAUUUGCCAAAGACUUAGUUUGAUAUUUAAUAUUUUAUUUGCAGUAUCUGUAUGCAUUAAUAAAGCAGUAUUAUGUUUUAAUAGUAGUCAACACUGAUUGUAUGUUGGUAAUGUUAAAUUGCGAAAAAAACGCAAAAGGGUCCAUCAAAUACACAUUACAGUGUACACGAAAAAAAAACAAGGUGUAUUCAGUUACUUAAUGUUAUGUCAUUUGCAACAAAUUGCUGCUUUGUAGAAUUUGUGUAUAAUGUGAAGACAAUUCUUCUAUGUAUAUAAGAUCACCUACAUCUGACCAUUGCAGUAUCGUACUAAUUUACUGAUUCCAUUUGUACAUAUGCGAUUUGAAGAAGAAAAAAAAAAGGAUUACAUACAUUUGUGUCUUAUGUGUUGUGUUUUGCACUAAAGCACAACGAUAAAAAGGAAAAAAAUGCAAAAAAAAAAAAAAAAAGCUUCUUCUGGGUUUCAAAUGACACUCAUCACAUGUACGGCUGGUUGUAUGUUUGGUUCGGUUUUUCUGGACUUGUUCAUCAUUAUUUUUUAAGUCACUAUGCAAAGCAAGUAAAAUGGCGUUUCUGUAUUCGUUCUGUUUUAUUACUGCGUUCAAUUUGACAUUCCUAGUUCCGGUUGAUCCAACGGCCUCUUAUCCUGAGUCCUGUUGAUCCUGCUACUACUACUACAGUCUGUAUAAGGAAGCAAACAGUGCAAACAUGCCUGGUUCUGAGGACUGGACUGUGCUUCACACCAGUCUUUAUACCCUGAUUUUGGCACAAUAUUUGGUGCAACUUGCAGCAAACUAUAAUGAAAAAAAAUAUAUAGCACAUAUACAGAUGUUCCUGCUUAUUUAUACAUACAUACACACAGUGAGAGAUAAACCGAUCCAUUCCUUCAGAUCCAUAACGCCUUCUAGCAGCAUGGAGUGAACUGCAGUAACGAAUAAAAUAACACUGUUGAAUACCGUUACAGCUGAAAAGGUCAAAAGUGCAGUCCCGCUUAGAACGAAGAGAGUCCUGUCCCACUCGUUGCACUACAUGUUUUUCUUUUUUUUUGUCUUUUUGUAAAAGAGGCAGAGAGAAAAGACCUACAUUAUUAGAGCAAGGCAGAGGACAUGGUUCUCCACCAGUUGUUAAAAUGAUACAGGAGAUAUGUCACGGACAUAACAAGAGUUUCUGAUGAAAAUCUAUAACAAAAGCCAUGUGGCCUCAAUCAUUGCUCUGUUCCACUUCUGUCCAAUUCCCUUUUUUUGUGCACAUGAGAAAUAAAUUUUUUGUAUGUCAA